ACUGACUGAUUUUUAUGCACUUUCAUACUGUGCUGAGUCAACAUGUGGACCAACGUCGCUUCCACCCGAACUACGAUGCGGACGAUCACGUUCGUUGCGCUCUUCUGCUCCCUGCUACCGUUUUUCAUCAUUAGCUACGCAACGGUCACCGUAUCGCGGCAACUCUGGCUGAUCAUUCUGCAUCGGCGCUAUCCGUGGCUCAAAAGGACCGCCAUCGGUAGUAUCAAAAGUUUCGUCGAUCGAUCCCGAAACCCCGAGGUGCUGUGCGUGCUGAUCGAGAUGGAAGGUGAGAUCAACAUCGUGCAGUUGAGGCAAGAGUUCGUGAAUCACAUUAACGACUGCGGCAGUGGCCAUAUGCGGUUGUGUUUUCCGCAGUUCAUUCUACCGUUUGUGUCGUGCUGGAAUAAAUAUUCUUGGCUCAAGGGGACGCGCAGUGCCGAUGAACACAUCAUACUGGCCCCGGCCAUCCAACGGGGCCGUUCAGUGAAGGAUCUGAUGUGUUUACUGAACAACAACGAAGCCACAGCAACUGCAAGCACCAGCACGGAGGGACCCCCAAUAGCGAAGGCGCAAUCUCAUGCUCUGCCCUGGCAGAUUGUGUGCUUUCCUGUGGUGGGUGCAUCGGCGACCGAACGGAAUGAAAAGUGCGCCCCUUCUACCUGCCUGCUUUACACGAUCGAGCUGAAGUUGCUGAACGAAGCGGAAAAACGAAACCUUGCCUACAUCCCAUCGAAUGGAUACCUGGAGCGGGCAGAACCUUUGUUUGAGAAUCUGCUUGAACAGCCCUACUACAUACCAAGACUUUGGAACUACAUCUUCUCUGCCAUCCAUCACCGCUGGAGCGAGUUCGUUUAUCAGCACGAUCCCCUCGAAUCGCCUGAUAUCGAUCGCCAGCAGUACUCGGGGCUCAGCCAGCUGAUAUCGGCCCUCUUCAUAUCGAUAGUGUAUGUCUGCGGGGACUUUGUGUACGCGUUCCGCAGCAUUCGUGGCAGCCCCCUCGACAAGAUCGAUUAUCUGAAGCGAAUGAUCGAGCGUGAGAUAGAGAAGCGUAAUUUUACCCUACGCACGAUUUGGGAAACAUUCCUGCUCUCGAUCGAGCCAGUCAACUUGCUGAAGGAGUUAACGUUUCUGUGGUGGAAAAUUGUGGCCACGAUUACGCUGAUGGUACCGUGGUACUUGUGGCGCGAAACAGAAGCACUGUUGCUUUACGUUUCCAGAGGCACACCGAACCACGACACGACCGUCGGAUUUAUCGUUGAAUGCCUUCCAAUCUGCUACGGAGUGGUGAUGGAGUGCUGGAAAAUGGUACGACUGCUGGUAGAGGUUAGCCUUCGGCUCAACGAGUGAUCGAAUGUUGUUCAAUAAAGAAAA